UGUGCGUUCGCUCGUCUCGCUAUUAGUGUCGGCCUUGCUCGGCUCUGCGGGCCGAAUUUGGGUGUCCCCGGAAACCAGCGAGAUUCUUAGGGCACACACCAAACUGUCCCCAAGUAAAUUCGGGAGAUUUGUAGGUGUAGAUCUCGUAGGAAAUAUAAUAUAUCUAUACGGGCAUUUUACAAAAAUGUAGCUAAGUGUAAAGAGAAAGUACUUACCUAGAUUCCCUUUGAAAAAAAAAAAAAAGGAAAACGGCAGAAAUAUAUGAAAUAAAUAUAAUAGAAAAUAUACUAAUUAUGUGGUUAUUGCAUUUUGGUAUUCUCUCUGCAUCAGGAUUAUGAAAACACACAUAGAAUACGAAGAACUGAAUACUUAAAGAUCCUCAUCUCUCUAAUGGCUAAAUAGAAAGGGCAAAGAAAAAAGUGAGAAAAAAAGAAAAGAACGUAAAACAAAAUCACUUCUUCCAUUGCGAGAAGAGUUCUGUACAGACACAAAAGGGAGAGAAAGAGAUACGUAAAACCAUUCUGAGCCUCCACCACUUCAAAAUGUGGUUAAAGAGCAUAACAAACAUCUGCUCGGAUCGGAAGUUGUAAAUACAGGAAGGAGAGAGAAAGUAAGAUAGAUAAAUAGAGAGAGAGAGAGAGAAAGGUGUAUAUAAGCAAGUGCAAACAACGCAGGCCAAGAGAAACUUGUAUGGGCCAUGUGAGGAGGAGGUAGACAGCAACGCCUGAGACAGGGAAGAGCUGCAGGCGAUUUAUGAAGGCUUUGACUGCUGCUGUUUGGGAAGGAGAGAAAGGGUUCUUGUGCGUGAUGGUUUAUGUGGCGUGGAGUCUGACCUUGGCGCUCCUCGUCGUCCCUUCCUCCUGCGAACUGCUCUGGACGCCCAUCCUGCCGGCCUCGCAAGAACAAGUAGACCUGUGGACGGUCUCAGGAUCCGGAUGUGCCUGCUCUUCCUCUGAGGACGAGAGGGGCGGCUCCCGCGACUGCGCCUGCUGCGUUAACAGGGUAGCGUGCCCCUGCGGGGCUGCCAACCCCCACCGCUGCGCCCAGUGUGGUCUCCAGCAACACUGCAACAAUAUGUGCAACGUGACCAUCGACGGGGCGUUGCUCAGCGUCACGUCAGGGCGCAUGUCGGGCUCCUUGGUCCCCCCCGGUGACGUGGCGCCUCCCCUCUCCUGCUGGUACCUCCUUCGGGCGCCUCCGGGUCACCGCGUCGAGGUUCAGCUGCACCGUCCUCGUCCACGUCGGGCCAGGCAAUAUGUAAACACAGUUGCCAAUAUGAUAGAGACGCAGCGUAAUGGAAGUUGGAGUUCACAUGGAGGACUUGCAUGGAAGCGACCACUUUCCAGUGCUAUUGGAGGAAUUAAAUGCCAUUCCAGCCAGUGGGAUGAAGAGAUGGCGACUUCUAGAUCAACUACAGUAAUGCAGGGAUAA